UGCGCACACAGCCAGGUGAGCAAUGGACAGGGAAGUUCAUCACAUUCGCACCUCCUGACACAGGCCGGGCCUGGGUACCUGAGCAGGAAAAGUUAGCAGAUACACCUGUCCUGUUGGAGUUAGAGCGCCCUGCUUGACCAGAAGAACAGCCUGCCUCCUGGAAUGGAUCUUAUCUACUCUUGAGACAGGGCUGAGAGACACCUCAAACAUUCUGACAAUGGCAUGUAUGGAGGUGCUAUUCUGAAGGCCUUGGACUAUAUGGUACCUCUUUAGAUUCAUUGCCUCAGUAGGUUCAAUAUAGACCUAGAGAUACUACAAUCAAAAGUAAAACAUGUCCACUAUAAGAAGAGUUUCUUUUUGGGGGGUUACAUUGUUACCUUCUUUUAGCAACACCAGCUGCUGAAAUUCACCAAAAAACCCUUCUGUUAUAACAAAUGUUUCAUAUGACUUGUGCCAUAUUUUGGGUGUCUGUUUACAUCUAUGGUUCAAUUAGAGAAGGUAUGGCAGUUAUCUACAUCAUUAGCAGCAGUGAAAGAGUGGAAAACACACAAUGUACUACCAUCCAUGCCAUCUUUGCCUUUUAUCUUCUAAGGCCAUAUGUACAAAAACAAAAAAACUGUGCCCCACUGUGCCCCCCUCCUUUCACAAUGCAGUGCCAUGCGUCAGGAUGCCUCAUCUUUUAUUCCCCUGACACUGGGGCCGCUUCAUCUGCCUCAAGGGUUUUGACCUAUGACCUUUGGCAAGCCAUAAACAAAGUCCCAGACCCCCCUCCUCUGCAGCAGCCUGAUUUGCACUUGUUGGACAUUAGGACGUUUGUUGUGGCACCCUGCAACAAACUGAUCAAAGGGAAUUUAAAAAUGAUUAAUGACUGACCUCUCCACAAGGAAACAAGGUAAAAUGAAGAAGAGCAAGAAAAUACUUGUACUUGUGAUUGCGCUUUAGUUGCCUCUCAUGAAGUGUCUGUUUGAUGUUUUUGUUUUUUUUCCAAGUUUUUGUUAUUGAAAACACAUUUCAUGCAUGGAUGAAUAGAAAAAGUAUGUGCUGUUUAGACCUAAGCCUUAAUUGCAUUUUGUCAAUUUGUCAUCUGUAAUAAAGUAUAAAAAGUGACAUUUUAAUUAGCCCUGGACCAGAUGCAUAUGUAUAUACAGCUACUUCUAAAGGCCCAUAUGUGCUCCUUCAAACCUGUGGCAGGUGUCCAUUGUUGCAAGUGGGAUGGUUACUGUUGCUCAGGUGACUGCAGGUAACGCCCCCUGGACACAGCAGCGUGUCAUCUGCGGCUGACGGAUAGGGAGGAGGGAAGGGUUUGUGGGACAAGCUUCUGCUCCAUUCACUCACCUCCAAACAGAACGAGCGGCGGCAGGUGUCAUGAAUGCGCACUGUGGGGUACACUACUGUGCCAGUGCGUAAGGGCGCUUUUCACUUUGUAUCCCGUCAGACAAACUCUCUUUAAUCUAUUUGAAAUGGAUAUAUUGAAUGAACUGAGUUUCAAAUCCAAGAAUAUGGAUUUGGAGGAGGAGGACUUCUACUACGAUUAUGGGGCGGAGGAAAUUACAGAUUACCAGGACCCCAGUGAACUUGUGGCCGCUCUCAAACAAAAGGAGGAAGAGGUUAUUUUGGCAGCCCAGCUUGGAAACGCACUGCUCCUGGAAAACCAACAGUUGAAAGAACAGAGUGAACAACUUCAUGAGCGAUACGCUGACAAACUUGAGGAGCUGGAACAGAAAAGGCAUGAACUGCAGGUAAAGCUGGAGGGGUGCCGGUCCCAGUGGGAGAGCCAAGUGGGUGACCUGGAGCGAGAUGCUAGGGAGCUGAGUGCCCGCGUGGAACACCUCACCUUGGCCCUUAACGAGGCCGAACGCAACAAAACCCGAGCUGAGAUGGAACACGGAGAGGACAUACAGCGCCUCAAGGACCAGCUCAAUGCAGCAAUGGAGGUAGAGAGAGUCAUGUCCAGUGAACUGCAAGCUUUGAAACAAGAGCUCCAACAGAAAACCAGUCAAAACCGGCAGCAAGACGAGGAGCUAAUCAGUGCUAUGAAAGAACAGGUAUUACGACUUACACAGAAAGAACAAACUCUUGAAGAACGUUUGGAGAAUGUGUGUCAUGAAAAUGCAGAGCUAAGAACCACUUUGGCAUCUUUAAAUGCACGUUUAUCACUUCAAGAACAACUGAACCAGCAGCAAAGCCAGCAGUUGGCGGAGGCUUGGGAGGAGGUGGAAGCUGUUCGAGGUCACUCACAUCAGCUGCAGGCUCAGGUAGAAGAGCUUCAAGAAGAGGUGUCAUUGCAAGAAGCCAAGAGCCAGGGAGACGCCUCUCUGCUGUCUGAACUGGAGAGCAGCCUCAUCACAGCUAACCUGGGAGUGGACAGAGAAGAGGGGCUAAAUCAACCUUUUGUUGGACAGGCGUGUGAGAGUCAAAAUGCGGCAGAGAAGCUGAGAGAUCAGAAUAUUCAGCUGCAGAAUGAAAAUGCUGAAUUAAUGCAAAAGUUGCAGUGUAUACAGUCCCAGGCCAAUUUGGUUCAACAGGCCAUCAAAGACCGUGAUGAAGCCAUCGCCAGGAAAAACAUGAUGGAGGCUGAGUUGGUGAGAAGUAAAAAUGAUAUGAUGUGUCUAAACAACCAGUUACUUGAAGCAAUCCAACGGAAGCUUGAACUGUCACAAGAGCUGGAGGCCUGGCAGGACGACAUCCAGAUCAUCCUGAACCAGCAGCUCAAGUCCCAGCAGCAGUCGGAGCAAGUUCAGAAUAAGACUACUUCUAACGGAUUGUCGUUUUUCCGUCGACCAAACAGGAUCUCUAACUCCACUUGGAGUCCAGACUCCAAUGGACACAAGGCUCAAUCUCCCUGGAGAGACUGGUUAAGACGGGGGAAGGGGGCCCAGUAUGGCAAGUAAUGGACAGGUGUCUUAGCUCUUCUCUCCGUUUGGUAAAGAGUACCUUGAACUCUGAAGAACUGACAAGUGGCCAUAUUCAAGCCAUUAUGGACAAAGACUUGUUAUACAAGCACU